GUCCAGUCGUACAAAUCGGUGGCAGAGUGCGGUCUGCCCAGCACGUGGAAGCUGCUCGACAUCGCCGAAACACGCGGCACUCGGAGCUCUCUAGCGCCAGUGGUCGAACCGCAAGUACGCCGAGGCAAGUCGACCGCUGUCUCCAGGCCCGCCAGCCAGCCAACCGCUCCUCCCGCUCCUCCCGCGCUCUGCAAGAGCCCCGCAUAGUGAUUCCUCGCCCAGCUCCUUCACUCCCCGGAUGAUGAUGAUGAUAUAUGUUCGAUUGGUGCGGACGGGGAACAAGAAGGACGUACCUCCCAAGCACGGGAUCUUCGUGUCGCAGGCCUUGUUCAUCUAACGAGCAGAACGAGGUGUUGUCGGCGUCCGUCGUCAAGUCCCGAGAGAAACCUGCGCCAAGGGACUAUUUGUCGUGGGAGGGAUGGUGUGCGCGCGUGCGUGCGUGUAUGUGUGUGUGUGAAUCACAGAAAGGCUACACCGAAGGAUUCCGUUUUCAGACCUGACCUUGCGGUUUGUACCGUGGCUGUGCAGGAGGGUAUGUCUAUCUACAUUCGACUGACCGAGAUCGUGUUCGUAAGCAUUUGAUUUUUGUGUCGUAGUGACCUCAAAAGACACCAUGGUUACAGUCAAUGUUUAACGACUGUAAAAAAUUGACUAUGCACUUUUAAUGACAUCGUUUUGGCUAUUCUUUUAAUGUAUUCUGGUGGAGAAAAUAGUCCUCCCCAAAACGGUGAUGGAUGUCAGAGGAGGUUGAAGCAACAGUUAGCGUGUCUACGCCGCACGGCAACAUGGAAGUGCAGGGAGCACAGUGGAUCUCCCUGUGCACGUGCUAACAUGCCAAGGACAUAACCACUUCUCGAGCUGUUGAACUUUUGCUGCGCGUCUGCCAGUGCUAAGAAGCAACUACCCCUCCGCUCCUCUCAUCCAUUCAGCCCCUCCCAGACACAAGAGGCAAGGCGUACACGUCACUGCUCCCAUAAUACUAUGCAUGUGCGUUCGAUCAUCGUAAGUGCGAAACGCUAGCGAGGAGGGGAAGAGGACAUUGACGUUUGAGCGUCGAUGAAACGACUCCACCUGCGCUGGUCGAUGAUGCGGAACGGGUGGCUACGGGACGUGUGUUUUGCGCGUGCUGUCGUUCACGGAAUGUACCGCGGUUGUGGUCGGGUGGCGGAGUGGAGUCAGGAGAACUGCUCUACACCCGAGUCUUCACAAAAAUAGGAGACUCGUCGUUUGGCUGCAGAAUCCCUCAUCUCGCUGCGGCUUCCCUACCUGCACACGUCAUAAACCCGACUUUUCUCCAGUCCUCGCACACCUGAAGAAAAGGGAGAACUGCAUUCCCUAGUCGACCUUUAUCCACUAAUACAACAUUCAUCCCCGUUGCCAAGGAUAGAUAAAGGGACGUCACCAUGGCCAGUAGCCCUUCAGUACGUACCCGGGACCUUCCACCCGCCUUUAGCACGGAGCCGCCUGGUCCUCCUUCAGCUUCUCACCUACCUUCGUCGGCCUACCCUCAUCCUCUACCCCUCCCACCCAUGCGGACUGACGACGACGAUGGUAGCUCAACAGGCGACGACGACUCGGCGGCCCUCGUCACACCGCUGUCGUCUCCCCUGAUCCGGCGGGACAGCGCCCGUGGACGGUCCAAAGCACAGCAACAACCACAACAACAGCCAUCUGACGACUGCAGCGUGGUAACUGCUGCUGCUGCACCGGCCCCGGGAGGCGGGGGCGUAGGCGGGGGCGGACACGCUGGCCCCGCUUCAAGCCUGGCCGGCAUCUUGGGCUCUGGCAUCGCCGGCUUGAGCAGCGUGCUGAGCUGCAGCGUCGGCGGUGGCGGUAGCGUUGCUGUCAGCGCGGGCAGCUCCUCCAGCGGCAGCGGCGUUUUGGCGGGCAGCACUGCUGCAGCGGGAGGAGGGUCAGAGCACGGCAUCGUAGGCCACCAUCACCACCACCGAUCGCUGCGUCGCCAAGGGUCAACUUCGUCCGCCUCCUCUCCGCUGCUGUCCCGUAGAAAGCCGUCCCUCUCCGACAAGAACGGUAGUGGCGGGGGUGGCGGCAACGGUGGCGGCAGCGGCGGCGGCGGAACCACCAGCAGCAGUAGUAGCAGCAGCAGCAGCAGCACUAACGCCACCGGUGUCGCGCUUCCUAUAAGCACUUCAUCCCUCCCGUCCCCUCGAUUGCAGCGCUCGGAUUCCGUCAAGUACUGUAAGGCGGCCAAUGGGAGCGCCCCCCGCGCCACCCCCUCUGCAGGCAGCGGAGGUGGCGGAAGCGGUGGAGGCAGUGCGCACCUUAGCAUGCACCCGAGUGGUGCCACCCCACCCAGACCGUCGCGUCGCGUGCCUAGUCUUAAACUCAAACGCUUCAAUGUCGUUGCGAGGGCCGCGGCGGCAGCUGAGAAGCAGCUCAAACUACAGCAACAACAGCAACGGGAUACAGGUACAGGGGAAGACGACGGCGGCGGCGGUGGCGGCUGCGACUCAAGCGCCACCUCCGGCGUGGGUACUCAGUCAGCAACAACUACUUCACCGACAACAGCCACUUCUACCACCACUACCGGAAAUGCAAUCACCAAGUUGGCUGGGGAUGGCACCCCUUUCUUGCUGCAGGUCGGCAGCAGCCCUCGCACUAAUCCCUCUAUAACUAUAACAUUAGACUCUGAUUCGGACUCAGUAUACAGUGACUACUUGAGCCCAGAGAUAAACUAUCAAAACAAUGUGAAGGUACAGUUUCUAGGCGACGAGACGAGCCUGUACGGAACCCCUAAGGAGGAACUGGUACCGGGACCAACCGAAAUGCAUUCCAUGGCCGAGCAAAAGCCCUCCCCGACGUCCUACCUGAAGGACCAGAUCCUGACCUUCUUCCAGCCAUCAGACAACAAGCUGGCCAUGAAGCUCUUCGGCAACAAGAACGCCCUCAUGAAGGAGAAGAUGCGACACAAGAGUGUCGGCAACUGGGUCAUUCACCCGUGCAGCAACUUCAGAUUUUACUGGGACCUGUUCAUGCUGGUUCUGUUGAUCGCAAACCUCAUCAUACUGCCCGUGGCCAUAUCCUUCUUCAACGACGAUUUGAGCACGCACUGGAUUGUCUUCAACUGCAUGUCGGACACAGUCUUCUUCCUGGACAUCGUCAUCAACUUCAGGACUGGUAUUAUAUUGAACGAUUUCGCGGACGAAAUCAUACUGGACCCUAAACAAAUAGCAAGACAUUAUAUAAAAAGUUGGUUUUUCCUCGAUCUCCUGAGUAGUAUCCCGAUGGACUAUAUUUUCUUAAUGUGGGACUCUGAAGCCAACUUCAGUCAGCUUUUCCACGCAGGUAACGAAGGACGUAUGGACGCGUCUCCAUACUGGCAAGGGAGAGCCCUUCGAAUGUUGAGGCUUGCCAAGCUCCUGAGUUUGCUGAGGUUGUUAAGGCUGUCCAGACUCGUGCGAUACGUGCAGCAGUGGGAGGAGACGUCACAGUUCCUAGCCAUCGCCGGCAAAUUCAUGCGCAUCUUCAACCUCAUUUGCCUCAUGUUCCUGCUGGGCCACUGGAACGGCUGCCUGCAGUUUCUCGUCCCCAUGCUGCAGGACUUCCCCAAGGCGAGCUGGGUGGCGAUCGAAGAGUUGCAGGAUGCCCACUGGGCGGAGCAGUACACGUGGGCACUGUUCAAGGCGUUGUCCCACAUGCUGUGCAUCGGUUACGGUCGCUUCCCGCCACAAAACAUGUCCGACACCUGGCUCACCAUCCUCAGCAUGCUCAGUGGCGCCACCUGCUAUGCGCUAUUUUUAGCUCACACCACCACACUCAUUCAGUCCUUCGACACCUCACGACGACUCUACAACGAAAAGUUCAAACAGGUGGAGGAGUACAUGAUCUACCGGAAGUUACCCCGGAGUCUGAGGCAGCGCAUCACUGACUAUUACGAACAUCGUUACCAGGGCAAAAUGUUUGACGAGUUCACCAUCCUUUCCGAACUCAACGAGUGUCUGCGUCAUGAAGUGGUUAACCACAACUGCCGGUCUCUCGUGGCCUCUGUGCCGUUCUUCACAAACGCAGAUCCAUCGUUUGUGUCUGAAGUGGUGAGCAAACUGAGAUUCGAGGUGUACCAGCCCGGUGACUACAUCAUAAGAGAAGGCACGAUGGGUACCCAGAUGUACUUCAUUCAGGAAGGCAUCGUGGACAUAAUCACAGCUGAUGGAGAGGUGGCCACUAGCCUUUCAGAUGGCUCGUACUUCGGAGAAAUCUGCUUGCUGACGAACGCUCGACGUGUGGCCAGCGUCAGGGCGGAGACGUAUGUCAAUCUUUACUCGCUCUCCGUCGAACACUUCAACGACGUCCUCGAGCGCUAUCCGCUCAUGCGCAGAACUAUGGAGUCGGUUGCUGCGGAGCGUCUAACCAAGAUCGGAAAGAACCCGAGCAUCGUGUCCAGCAGGGCCGACUUAGAGGAGGACCAGAAGAUGGUCAACGAGAUCGUCAUGGAGUCGACACCAAUACCGACUUCAGCCAGCGAAGACGAGGAUCGAGACUCUGAUGAAAGUUCUGACGGAAGCAAGCAGAAGAAGAGGCCGUUCAAGUUUGACUUCUCGUCGCGCCUUCAUAAGAUUUCGGAAGAAAAGAAGUCGAGGUCAAAGGAGAACCUCAAGGACCGAGACCUCAUAGACCUCGAUGACCAUAAGCACAGUCACAUCUGGACCAAGUUGCCGAAGGUGUACUCUGGCUCCAACCUCUUCGGUCUACGCGUUCCUAAUUUCCCCGAGAGGAAGAGAUCAGGGAGCGUGGGUGACGCCUAUGGAAUUUCCGCGACUCCUCGACAGGACAGCAUCGAAGAAGAAGGCAGCCAUCCACAAGAGCACCGGCCAGACGAGAAGAGGAGAGCCAGUUUUCUGAGCAGCAGAAUCUUCCGGUCCGCUUUCGACCAGAAGGAAACGAGGCCUAGGAGGCUGCGAGACACAAAGGCUUUAAGCCAGGACGAUCCGUCUUCAGGCUCCUUCGACUCUGGGAUGCGUUUUUUGACUGUUCCCGGCGAGCCCGACCAGAGCACCAGAGACUCGAAGGAAACCGGAACCUUCUCAGUUCCCUCAUCCCCUGCCAAGAAGUCUGGUUCCUUCUUGCGGGGAAGAGGGUCAGGUGACCGUCCGAAAAGCGUAGCGGAGAUUCUGGUGGAGAGCGUCACCAACGAAAUGGGCAUCAAGCGCGACCAGCCGGCGCUGCUUCCGGUGGUGACGGCUUGUGCGGCGGUGGUGCCCCCAACGGCAACCUCAACCAUUACGCCCUCAACCUCUGCCGGCACCUCCACCUCGGUGAGCCUGAUGAGCGAAGCAGCGGGCUUUGGUCCCCCAUCAGUCUCCACCCCGAAAUCCACCUCCGCCCCAACACUUUCGACGCCGACCUCAAGCCCCUCAACUCCAGGGCCAGUCACCACUGCUAAGCAAGGGGAGAGAACACGAACUGAGCCACGAGUUACAUUCUCUAACACAGCCUCGGUAGUCACAGUCGGUGACAGCCCUUGUACCGAGAAAAGACUCUCGGACAAAAGAAAAACUGAUAGCAAUGUCUGAUAUUUAUCCAUGACUUUUGUUUAGGGGUUUGUUUGUUUGUUUUAUUUUUUGUUUGUUUCUUUGUGUUUUUUUUUUUUUUUGCCUUUCUUGAUUAUUAAAGUCGUAAUUAGAUUUUAGACUACACCAUGCCGUUUCCACUUGUAGAUUUGAAAAAAAGCAAGAGUUGAACACCCAGAACCCAAACGGAUUUCUGUAUGCACCCGAAAAGAUUUAUUGUUGGUGGUUGGUCACAUGCACCGAUCCGAACCAUGACUGCACUAGCUUUACACGCAGCUCACGGCAUCGUUACAUGAAACAACAUCAACAUCCCUGAACGAGGACAGAUUUGCAUCUUUCAGACACACGGUUCGUUUCUGCAUGUACCAUUAACAGAAUAUUUUUUUUCAAGGCAACUUGUAUGGAAAUAUUCUUAGGACGAAAAUAAAUAAAAGGUAACAAUGUCAACAUGUUCAUGUUUUUGGGGGCGGAUCGGAAACAGGUCUGAUGCAGCCAGCUGCAGUAAAAGUUGAAAGUAAACAGAGGACAGUGCAAGUCUAUGCAAAAGGAACAUUCGGAACAAUAGGAUUGUUACUGUGGAGGUUGUCCUCGUCAUGAAGAACGCUCGGUUAACAAUCACGGCUAAGUCAAAGUAGUUAGGACUUGUUCUUUUCGUUUUCAAAACAGGUGAUGGUGCGUGCGAGUAUGUAUUUAUGUAUUCAUAAAUGUAUUUGAAUGCUGUGGGAAUGUAUGUUCUGAGAUAAAAAUGCAUGGGAAAGAUUCCUCGAAUUAGGAGGUGGUGAGGGGGAAGAAGAUGAAGUUCGAGCGUACAUGAUGGAAAUGAUGCAGAUGGAACUGCCCUCUGUUUGAAACAUCCUCGUUGAUUGUUAAAGAACAUUUUUCCGACAAUCUCCUUCAAAUGUUUACUUAUUUAUUUCACAUAUAUGUAUAUAAUCGCUUCAGGAAACUGUAAAAAUUAAUAGUCGUCGGCUAUUACGUAUGAACCGUAAGAAAUAUGUUUGGUUCUCUUCAAUAUCAGUGACAGCUUUGAUGAUGCUUUGUUUCUUUUGUUAGUCUAGCUACAUCACCAAGCUUUAGUUUUUUUUUAAAAAAUCAGCGAGGUAGUCUCCAGGUUUGUGCAAGAUUUUGGAAAGUUGUGCAAUAUCCUUUGUUUAUUUUAUACCUUUAAUUGAUUUUUUUCAUAUCACCUUGAUUGAUAUUUCUCUAUGAACUCAAAGAUAGAUAACUGGCUUCUGGAUGUUUGGCAGAUCAGUUUUAUUCAAACACAUCAAUCUUUAGAGUAUCAAAAAGCAUCAUCACAUACAAAUAUACUCGAACUACAGCUGAAUGUGGCGGUAACCGUUAUAUAUGCCUCCGGGGAGAUAACUAAUUCUUGAUCCGACAGGAUGAACUUCAGAAAAAAUCUUAUGUCAGAGGCUUUUCAACCGGUUUUUUUAAAUACCCCCAAAAUCAAUUCAAACGAGUCCAGAUUAUUCAAGAAAAAUUUUCCAAGAGGAAUGCCAUUUCGCAGGCGGCACUCUGCAACCAAGAGAGAAUUAGUCAGCAUCGAAUAUUUAAUGCUGAUGCCAAAUGCUUUUUGUCCAUUGUAGCGAUCUGUGAAAACUAUUGAUUCUAAAGCUAUGGUCAUUUUUUCCAACUUUUUUUUAGCGAGCAAGAGUGAGAAAAAUAAUGAAAACAUAGUUAAUAAAGGGAGGUAAUGUAGUUGCAUAACUCGUCUUUCAUUCAAUGUGUGCGCUGUUUGUCUUACGAGCGUAAAUAGAACACAUGCACCUCUAUUUAUACUCAAACCAAACGAAAAUUAUGUAUACUUUUCAGAAAAAGUUCAGAUUUCGUCUCGGGACACUCUCUGUUCGCCGGGUAUUGCCGGUUCCUUACCUUCUUACUACCCUCACAAAAUGAACUGACCUUUAGGUUAAGACCCUUUCCCAUCAAAGUAACCAACCAAUGCAAGGAGAAACAAGUGCUGACACUAAGAUAAAUCUAAAAAAAAAUCACCUAGAAAUUACUUUGAUAGAACACAAAGCUGUGCUUGCGAGAGGUGUUGAGCCAGAAAAGCCAUGUCAAAGGCAGACAACUGUUAACAACACCUCAAUAUCAUGACCUGUCCAUUUCAAAGUAUUCUUCAGGACAAUGAUGUGCCUUACUGACUAAAUAAAAAAAAACGCUUUAAUUUAACCAAGUUAACAAAUCGAGAAAAAUGUUGCCGUAGGUGUCACUUGCGCCGGGAAAGUAUGUAUAACCAACAUUGCUACAAAUUUGUGAUUGAAAAAGGUUUUUUAAUGACAUUUCUGUAAGUUUUCAGAACUUGGCGGUGCGUGAACUCUCCGAUUUAGUGAGUGUUAUCAAUAGAGGAUUAGUGUCACCAUCAUGAAGCCCUUGCAACCAAGGUACGUUCGUUGGUUCCCAUCUUCGACAUGGAUCUGGCUGAUGUCUCGUGUUCAAGAAAUGGUGUUGGUUUGCAGGGCUUGAGAAAUCGCUGCUGGCUCAUGUAAGAAAAUAGUCGGCAUACUAACAAACUUUCAUAGUCUAGCACCAACAUAGCUUCAAUUUUUUAUCAUCUGAUCGUAAAAUUCUUCAAAAAAUCUCCCUCUUUCAUUUAAACUAGGGCUUUAAGUUUCACAACAAAUGGGCCAAGCACUCUUCUGCUCAAAGUCAUUGUCUUAAGAUAACCCUUGUUAACCUUCUUGUCUGUUUGUCUCAGCAAUCGUUUUCUUUUAAUAUUUUAGCUCAAAGUUAGCUUAUUAUAAUGUAAAUAUAAACAAAGAAAAUGCAUAAUAAUGAAGCAGAUCUGGCAAAUUAUACAUUAUGCAUAAAUGAAUGUGUUCUAGGCACCCACACCCGCUUAUUUUAGGACUAUGUCAGUCUAUGUACAACAUCAUUGUCUUAUUUCCAAACAUCUCGCAAUACCUCAUGUCCUUAAAGCUAUGAUGUUGCAGCAAAUAGCUAUAAUCAAUCGCUUGACAUUUCAAGAAUAUCUUCCGAGAUACAGCAGAUACAUGGAAGGAAAAAAAAGUUAAAGAUACCAAGAAAUAAAAAAUGUCACGAAUGUCGAAUUGUAAUAUUUUUAAAUGGUAAGCUGGCAUCAAGCGAUGCCGCCCAUCAAAAAGUCUAAUUUCCAAGACCAGAGAGGGUUGAGCAGAUAGUGACGGGUGGGUUGAUGAUGAUCACAAGGUGACCAGGUUCUUAGAACUCUCUCUUUCUUGUUCAUUGGAAACAAGAAUAGCUAUGACACAGAAUGUGGACUGUGUGCUUCCUGUUGUGAACGAUGGACAAGAGUUCAGUUGGCACUCAGGAAAUUCAUGCCUCAGUUCUUUCUUGGUUCUGAACAUUCCUUUUGACCUUUGACAUUAGCGUCGUAGAAAUUCGUGUACUGCUGUUAACCAGAAAUACAUCCGUGGGAAAUAAAUGUUUUGAGCUUUUCGAUGCCAGGUGCAGCGAGCUUGCAAAUAAUAAGAAAUGGGAUGUCGGCCUGUAGUGAUCUAUAACUGCAUUUUAGAAAAUGUCAGGCUAAGUUGACAUAUUUACAAAUUAUUAAUGUCCUUCUAUCUUAAUGUAAGGUUACUUUGAAGAAUUAAAGUAGUACUUAAGUUCAACAUAAUACAUAUGUCGGUACUUAUUGAUAAUGGGCUCUGUUGGGCGUUUCCAAACAAUCCUAUUUUGUUUGUGAAAAUGUUCUUUCUCAGUUCCACUAACAUUUUUAUUACCAGCUGGCAGUCUUCACAUAUACAACAUUUUGGUAUGGUUGCAACGACAGUGCAUAUAAUUACAAUUAUCAGUUUGUUUUGAAGGAAAAUAUAUUAGAGGCAGUGUAUGAUUCAUCUCUAUGCUGUAGUCGUCUAAACACACAUCUGAAGUAAAUUCAAAAUUAUCCCUAAUGAUUGAAAUCAUUUCGCAUCCUCGGUACGAAUCCUGCUGUUGGGGCUUUGGAUGACAAGUAGACCGUUAGCUUGUACUUGCCUGUAGUCGGUGCCAUCAUGCAGGUCCAUGCUAACCCGCUUUUACUUUCAUGCACGAAAACCAAGAAACUUUUUGUAACUGUUUUGAGGUUUUGUUUUCUCUUGUGUACAGAAGCCAGUUAUCAGCCGCCUCAUCAACUUCAUUCCGCUUAGAAAUAUGCAAAUCACAUUUAUCGCUGGCUUGUUUACAUUGCAAAUGUUCAUCUGUGGUUAACAUGACCAUGCUGUACGAGGAACUUGACUUCAUUAUAUGCAAAUUUUCUCCUUUUUUUCUUGUACAUAGCGCUGUAGGCAAACAGAUUCACAGCUGCGCAACGAAAUGUUAACUGAGGACAGACCCCGCCUGUAAUACAAUAUUAGACUUCAUGAGUACAAUGCAGAGAAAGCCAAUAAAAUGUUUCAGUUUUAAAAA